AUGCAAGUUUGGGGUAAACCUCAAGAAGCAUUGGUUGCUGGCUACCAGUUGGCGUCCGUUGCAGUAGCGUCUCCUUUAUCGUGGCCCGAGGCGCUGGCGUCGCUGCCACCACGUCCUUUGGACGACUUUCCUGUUGCUCAACAGGACGGGGGAGGUAUUUACAGUUGCCCCGAUUGGACAAGUCCUCCUCCCGGCAUGUCGGACAUUUUUCGCAAUUUGCGUGCGGAGCUUAUGCAAUUCUUUUCUGCCCGCGGCGUUUUCGAUCGACUUCGCAAACAUGUCGCAGAGUCUUCGCGCCAGCCUUUGUUCAACGAGGCGGAAGUUGCGGCCAUGCGUGAUUUGUGGGCAUCAUGGUUUCGUUCCCAAGGGUUUACAGAGGACAUUUCUUGGGGUGUCCCUGAGGAUCAGCCAUACUGCUUGUUUGCCCUUGAGAAGCUUAGCCAGGCUUUGCAUGAUCGCGAUAGUGCACUGUGGCCUGACCUGCAGGCCGGCGUUCCCACCGGUGUUGAUGGCGACAUAUCGCUGAGCCGUUGUUUCCUUCCCAGCCCAGCUGAUUUCGAUCCUUCCUCCUUUGAUGUGCAGAUCUGCUCAGGCAAUUGGCCGGGGGCUAAUGAGGAUCCCGACUUGUUGGAUGCAAUGGUUCAGCAAGAAUUUGAUGCCGGUUAUCUUCACAGAUGUGAUUCAUUGGAGGAGGUGGAGAAGUUUCUUCACGCCUUGACGCGGGUCGCGUCAGGCGACACUUGCACAAAGCAGGACUUGCAGCGGCUCAUUGGCCUUAUGCAUUGGAUCCUGCAGAUUGCGCCUACGCUUUUGCCUUGGUUGUGCACUUUGUACCAUGAUCUUGCAAGGCCACUUGGUACGAACGUUUCUUUGCAUGCGGGUGCAUGGCAGCAGCUGCCGUCUUUUCUUGAUGAUGGCAUGAUUUUUCAGCGGACUCCACCAGGCACGAGUAUUCGUGCUGGCAGUAAGCUUUUGAGUGUGCGUCAUAAGGAAAUCAGCUGCAAAGCUGAUCUUAAGCUGGUUCGUUGCACGGGCAAACGUCUGUGGGCUCGGAUUGCGGAUCCCAGUACUUCUAAGCGUAAGGUUUCGCAAGGUAGCGUGUUUUUCAUCCAGUUUUGGAUGGCUUGGUGUUUGCGCCCGCAGAUGCCAGCGUCCCUGGCUCUUCCUGCCAUGGAUUUUCAGUACAAGCUUGCAGCAGAUGCUUUCGCCAAGGGCGAAGACAUUGGCAUCGGUGGCUGGAUUCAGUUGCCUAAUCAGCCAUGCAUUUGGUUCUCUGAGCGCUUCAAGGUGCAUGAAUUUCGUGCGUUGGGUCUGCCGAUGCAAACCUUGACAUCACGUCUUAUGAGACGUUGGCUCAGCUGGCUCUUGUUGUUUGCUUCGCUUCUUUUACACCAGGUGGCAGAUUGCGGGUUCGCAUAG